AUGGCUACAACUGAUGAACUCAACACUUCUUCAACGACAGAUUCUUCAUCUGUCACACCAACCGCUUCUAUGAUCAGCAUCAAACUUCCACCAUACUGGCCUAACGAUCAAGAACUUUGGUUUUCUCAAAUUGACGCUCAAUUUACGACGCGCAAUAUCACCUCACAAAAAACGAAAUACGCUUACGUUGUUGGUUCCCUUCAACCCGAAAUUGCUCAGGAGGUUCGCGAUAUCAUCCUUCAUCCCCCAGCUCGUGAUCCAUAUGACAUCCUGCGACGCGAGUUAAUCCACCGUACCUCAACAUCUGAGCAACAGCGACUUCACCAACUGCUCACAGGCGAAGAACUAGGAGAUCGGAAGCCUUCCCAACUCCUUCGCAAGAUGGAACAACUACUUGGUACCCAGACAUUGCCCCCCUCCAUCAUGAAACAAUUAUUUAUACAACGUCUCCCUACCAAUGUUCAGGCUAUUCUGGCACCUACACAGGACACUCUUGACCUCAACAACCUUGCCAAGUUGGCCGAUAAAAUUAGAGAGGUCAACAACAUUCAACAACCCACAUCACCCUUUCGACCGUGGCAACAGAACCUAUUGUUGACACAUCUGCCAAAUCUGGGAGCUUCAUCAACUUCGCAAGACAGUUUCUGA